UAGAGUGUCGAAUCUAACCGGGAUCCUGUGCGUCUGCGCUCAUCAGCACCCGGAGCGCUGAGCAGCUGCUGUUGCGAUCUAAACCCGUAUGGAUAUCAACUGACGUGCAUUUGGUUUGUUUUGGUUCUCGGACGCCUGGAAAUACACGUCGUUUUGGUGAUUUGAGAAUUUUCGAGAUGGACGCACUUCCGGAUGGUGAGCGCUGUGAGCUGGCGGACCGAGCCGGACCGGAUGGCGCUGAAAAGCCCGAGCUGGUCGGAGCCAAGCGGCAGCGCAUCGUCUGGAGAAACGUGAUUCUCAUGGGUCUGCUUCAUACCGGCGCGCUUUACUCCCUGAUCAUCAUCCCCAGCUCGCAUCCCUUCACCUGGAUCUGGUCCUAUAUAUGUUUCAUUAUCACGGCCCUUGGGAUUACAGCUGGAGCUCAUCGCUUGUGGAGUCACAGGUCUUAUAAAGCCAAAUUGCCUCUAAGGAUCUUCCUGGCUGCUGCCAACUCCAUGGCCUUCCAGAAUGAUAUCUUUGAAUGGGCCAGAGAUCACAGGGCCCAUCACAAGUACUCGGAGACAGACGCCGACCCUCACAAUGCAAAGCGAGGUUUCUUCUUCUCGCACGUAGGCUGGCUGUUGGUGCAUAAACACAAAGACGUGAUUGAGAAAGGCAAGCGGCUGGACCUCAGUGAUCUGCUGGCUGACCCUGUUGUUGUGUUGCAAAGGAAAUAUUACAAAAUCUCAGUGCUGGUGAUGUGUUUCUUCCUGCCCACUCUGGUGCCAUGGUACUUCUGGGGUGAAAGCAUGUGGAACUCCUACUUCCUGGCCUCUGUCUUGCGCUACACUAUUGCUCUCAAUAUCACCUGGUUAGUCAACAGCGCUGCACAUAUGUACGGCAACCGACCCUACAACAGGAAUAUCAACCCUCGAGAAAACCGCUUCGUCACAUUUGGAGCUAUUGGAGAAGGUUUCCACAACUUCCAUCACACGUUUCCUUUUGACUACGCCGCCAGUGAAUUUGGCCUUCGCUUCAACCCCACCACGUGUUUCAUCGAUCUCAUGUGCUGGCUCGGCCUCGCCAGCAACCGGAAGAAAGCCACACCAGAGAUGAUCGUAGCUCGGAAGCUAAGGACAGGUGAUGGGAGCACUUGAAAGCCAAACGCAGCAUAGAGCUCUCAGCACCGCUUAUAUAUAUCUAUAUAUAUCUCAGAAGAGCAAUGUAAAAGUGGAGUGUCAUGUUCUUUCUUUAAAAAUGUCUUUACUUCUAAUUGGUCACAGAGCAGUUAAUUAUAAACAAGAGAACCAUUGUGAUGGCUUAGAUUUAGUUGGAACCUGUGGACAUUUUUUGGCUGUUUCAUAGGAGAGUAGAUUUUAAAGUGAAUCUUUUUGUUGCAUAUCUUUCAGAAUUCAUUGGUGACCAGUGUUUUGUUUGGGUUUUUUUUUUUUCUCCUUCCUUCCCUUCAUUAGGCAAGCCAUGUAACUUUAGCAUUAUCCAAUGCAUCCACAUAUUUUGUAGCAUACUUAAAAUACGGUACAUUAAUGUUGUGUUAAUAUUUGCCCAGUGCUACCCUAUAAAGUAAUAUCUUAACCUUAUUUUCACUAUAUUCUGCCAUGCGCAGGCUUUGCCUUAAAGUUGCUGCUUUUUGUAAUUUCAUGAAAAACGGGCACUUUAAAGAAGAAAAGCCCAAGUUGUUCAUGCUUUUCGAGACCUCGAGGCUGAAUUGAUCCAAAUGAUAAUGAGUAAAUUUGCACUAUUUGAACACACGUUCAUGCUAAGAUUUAAAUGGCUGCUCAUGUUCUCAUAUGUUCACUAUUAUGUGCAAGAUAACAUGGCAGAAGACGACUAAAACGAAAAACUGAAGUGAAACCAAGUCAGGUGGUGGGUUGUUUUUGUUUUUUUUCUAAUAUUAAAAUACAUAUUACAAGAAAGUUGAGACAGAUUUUGUAGGAAAUCAAGGAAAAUGUGUAUUGUCUCCCCUUUUUAAAUCUAGAUUAUACAUAUUUGUUACAUGGUGGUCACAUGGGUGAGUCCUGGGUUAUUAUUUAUUCCAUAUCUGAUUUCUAGCUUAUUUUUAGGUUCCUUUUGCAUAGAAUACUGCAAAAAGCAUCACGUGAGUAGAUAUAAUUUGCUUUCGUUCACGUCAGUUGACAUGAAGGAUUUUUAGAGUAG